GAGGUGGGGUUGGAGGGAAUGGGGAGCCAGUUCACACAGGACCUGUUGGCUGCGGCAUGAUCUUGGGCUUUUGCUCUGAAGGAGAUGGGAGAUGCAGGGCUCUAACAGGAAGGAUGAGAUGUGAAUGACCUUGUGUCCAACCAGAUGGAGGCGGUGGCUGGAUAGAAUGCCCUCUGUCCCUGGCCUGGCUAGGAGAGAGGCAGCAAUAAAGACUGCUGAGUGAGAUGGGGUGCGGUCGGCUACAGCAGGACAGGCACCCUUUGGGGCCUCCUGGGGGCCAGGUGAGACCCAGAGACCUGGGUUCGAUUGGCUCUGUGGCUGAGCUGCUGGGUCAUCUUCGAUGGUUCUGUGCCUUAUGUGCUCAGCUAUCAACGGGACUAGCAAUCCUCCCGCUGUUGUGAAGAGCCAAGGAGCUGAGCAAACUACUGUGGGCGCCCUGGAGGUUGGGAGGGGGGCAUCCUUGAGCUGAGCCUUAAUGUCCAAGUAGGAUGUAGCUGGGUGAAAGGAACAUGGGUGACGGUGGGGAGGAUGGGGGAGGGCAUCCAGGAGGAGGUACAGUGUGAGCAAAAGCUGGGAGGCUGGAGAGCAGGACACCGUAAAACAAUGGGUGUUGAAUGAGCUAACCUGACAGUCCCUGGGGAGUGGGGAGGCUGGGCGGCCCCUCCCUUCCAUGGGGCAUGGAGGGUUUGUUGUUGUCCCCACCCCCACUGCAGCAGCUGGCCGGCCCCGGGGCUGUCCCUUUGGCAGAGCCUUUUCCAGCCACCUCUGGGGCUCCCCGGGCCGGCCCCGCCCCUCGGGCUGCGCUGGAGGCAGGGGCGGGGCCAGGCGUCCCGGAGCCGGGCGGGAGCGCGCCGGGAGCAGGUGGAGGGCUGGCGGCGGCGGCGGCGGCGGCGGCGGCGGGGCUCGGCCUCCCCGGCCAAAGCACCGGCUCCCACCUCUCCCCUCCUCGCCUGCCCCCCCCACCCCCCGAUGCCUACCAGACUUUUGCCUGGGCCGGGGCCCCUGCCGAACCAGCCUCGCCUCCCUGUCGGGUGGGGAUUCGGGGGCUGAGCUGUCUGGGGUCCCAGGGCCAAUGCAGUGCCGCCUCGUCCGGGGCCUGGCGGGAGCCCUCCUCACCGUUCUGUGCAUGGGGCUCGUCUCCCUACGGUACCACUCGAGCCUGUUUCCACAGAGCAUGCGGGAGACCCCCGGACUGAGCCCGCCAAGCCCUCUGUCCCCCGAGCUGCGGCUGCACGAUGUCUUCAUUGCAGUCAAGACGACCCGAGCCUUCCACCGCUCCCGCCUGGAGCUGCUGCUCGACACGUGGGUCUCCAGGACCAGGGAACAGACGUUUGUCUUCACCGACAGCUCAGAUGAAGGCCUCCAGGAGAGACUGGGGUCCCACCUUGUGGUCACCAACUGCUCUGCUGAGCACAGCCACCCCGCCCUGUCCUGCAAGAUGGCUGCUGAGUUUGACACCUUCUUGGCCCGUGGGCUGUGGUGGUUCUGCCACGUGGAUGACGACAACUAUGUGAACCCAAGGGCACUGCUGAAGCUGCUAAAAGCCUUCCCGCAGACUCACGAUGUCUACGUAGGCCGGCCCAGCCUGAACCGGCCUAUCCGCGCUUCUGAGCCGAGGCCCCACAACCGCACGAGGCUGGUACAGUUCUGGUUUGCCACCGGGGGUGCUGGCUUCUGCAUCAAUCGCAAACUGGCUUUGAAGAUGGCCCCGUGGGCCAGCGGCUCCCGCUUCGUGGAAACGUCUGCCCUCAUCCGAUUGCCUGAUGACUGCACUGUGGGCUACAUUGUCGAGUGCAAGCUAGGUGGCCGCCUGCAGCCCAGCCCCCUCUUCCACUCCCACCUGGAGACCCUGCAGCUGCUGGGGGCUGCCCAGCUCCCAGAGCAGGUCACCCUCAGCUAUGGCGUCUUUGAGGGGAAGCUCAAUGUCAUUAAGCUACAAGGCCCCUUCUCCCCUAAGGAGGACCCUUCCAGGUUCCGUUCCCUCCAUUGUCUCCUCUACCCAGAUACUCCUUGGUGCCCACAGCUGAUGGCCAGAUGAACCCUGAACGGCUGGGCAAAGUUUGGGCUGAGGCUUCUGGCUGUCCUUGGCCUCCCCAGGCAGCCCUGGGGACUCGUGGCAAGUGCUCUUUGGUAGGGAGUCCCUGGCAGGGCCUCUGAGUUGUGGGUCAGCCCAGGAUUGGAUGGUGGCUGGCGGUGAAGGCGUCCUAAGCCCCUGGGAGGUGGGUUGGACAACCCAGAGAACAGGUACACCAGGCGAGGGCCAGAGAGGCCCGAGGGGCUGGUCUUCUAUGGGCCUUGGGUGGCUGAAUUGAACAAGCAUGGAGGGCCCUUGAACUGGGUUGGGGCUCAGGGGUCCUAACCCUCCAGAGAAUUACAUGGGCCCUCGGGUGGGGUCUGGCCUCCACCCUCAGCUCUGGUCUCUGUCAUUCCCCUGGGGUCAAGCACUGGGCCACCCACUCCUGGCUCCCUUGGCUUGUUCCCCAACCCCUGAGGGGACCCAGGUGGAAUAAGGGCAGAGCCCGGGGUCUGUGGCAGGGGCUGUCAUUGCUGACCAGUGUCUAGCUCCUUGCUCCGACCCCUUGCCAACAGAUCCCAUUUUGCUUGGAGUUAUCAGCGUGCCCAGACCCUGAUGGUGGAUCAUGAUGGAUCCCAGCCCUUGGUGAUGAUCCUUUGGCUCACUUUCCCAGCCUCCCUUGCUCAGUCUGUUAGUGCGAAUUAAACAAAGCCAAUAGAGAGGCUUCUGGGGAAGACUUGGCAGUCCCGUACCCCAUACCUUUAUGCUGCGAAUGUGGAUGUGAUGUCUGGAUCUGGGGCGGUUGUCUUGUUAUCAUGAAGGAAAGGCCAUGACAAUCAGGCACACCUGUCCCUUUUGGCAUCUGGUUCUGUGAGAAAAUUAAACCCUUACUUGUUUCAACUUC